AUGGCGCUCAGCUCAGUUUUGAUGAAGCCGGUUGAGCUGAACGUACGUUUCGCAAAUAUGGGCUGGGCAUCAGGCGGGUCCAACCGGAGAAAGCCAGCAGACUUUCAGCAUGACCUACGAGAACUGCUGCAGGAGCUGCACAUCAGUGUGCCUGCAGACAAACAGAUGCAGGCCCUGUUUGACAAGCACCGGGGCAGCAACGAAGGCGUCGGCUCGGAAGACUUUGAAGCCUUGCUCUUUCGCCUGUUGUGCUUCUUGAGGGCUUCGGAGGAGGUCCGUGUGAGUUUCGGAGAAGCUCGCUCCACCUCCAAGGAGCGCGACAAGCGAUGGAGGCAAGAAUUCAUCCAGAAGAAUCUGCAGAGGUUUCACGACGUGUACGAGGUUCAAAGGCAACUGGGAAAAGGAUCCUUCGGCAGCGUUUUCUUGGUCUCGCACAGGACGCAGGUGGAUCAGAACAAGGCGAAGAGGGUCCGUGUGUGCAAGAUCAUCAACAAGGUGAAGGCCAAAGAGGCGAAAACCUCCGAGGCGAAGGUGCGGGAGGAGUUUGCUGUGCUGAAGCAGCUGGAUCAUCCUCAUGUCCUCAGAAUCUUUGAGGACUUUGAGGACGAGGAGUACUUCUACCUGGUCAUGGAGCAGUGCCGCGGAGGAGAUCUGGGGCAAUAUGUGAAGUGCCUGGAGCCCAUGGACGCCCAGAGCUACGAGUUUUGGGUGUCCAAGGUGAUGCAGCACACGUUGUCCGCGAUCGCGUAUUGCCACUCCAAGGCGGUGAUUCACAAGGACCUGAAGCCGGAGAACGUGAUGCUCUCCACCACCCGGGACACUCCUGUGGACGAGAUGCACGUCGUUGUCGUCGAUUUCGGCCUUGCGGAGGCGAGCUAA